AGGUCAUGCAUGGUGGCAUCAAAAACACAAAGAUCACAUUCUUUUAUCUGUCUUUUGCUCAGUUGUCUUUAGAGAAAGCAAAAUAAUAAAAAUAAACCAUUUUAUCAGAGAUUUUACAUAUAGUAGUUUUGUACAUAGUAUUGAUAGUUGGAUGUGUGGAUGAUAGCCACUGGAGGGCAGUGUUACAACUAAAGUGCACUUUGACAGUGUACAGUAGUUUGAUUAAUCAAGCAUGUGCAUUCUUCUGACGUUUUUUUCCUCAUGUUUUGUCAGUAUCAAGACAAGUCUUACUCAAAUAACAAAUUUACACUCAAAGACUAUAAAUGUUUCCAGUCAACCGUUUUGUCAGUGGAAAUUAGCUUGAACUUGCAGAUCUUUAGAAAAAUACAAACACGCGGGGAAACAUUUGUGUGAUGGUACAGGUACUUGUUCCAUUCCAUCCCGGUGUCUGCUCUGGGUGUCACUAGAGGGAUUCCCCACUGCAGCACUGUGGGUGCUGAGUUUCACAGAAAUGAACGCCCAAAUGCUGUGCAUCUCCUUUUGAACCUCACACAGCUCGAGAGGCUCCUCCCUGCAACAAAUCAAGAUGUGAUAACAUUUAAGAAUAGGACCCCGAUAGCUUCAAAACAGAUUUCGGUGGCGGACGUUACACACUCAAAGAGAUGAACCUGGAUGAGGACAGUGGCCUGUCAGUCAGUUGCGGCAACGGCAAAUUGAGACAGUGGCUGAUUGAUCAGAUCGAGAGCAGGAGAUAUCCCGGCCUAGUUUGGGAAAACAAUGAGAAAACCAUCUUUAGGAUUCCAUGGAAACAUGCGGGAAAACAAGACUAUAACAGAGAGGAGGAUGCUGCACUCUUCAAGGCGUGGGCAUUGUUCAAGGGGAAAUAUAAGGAAGGUGUGGACAAACCCGAUCCCCCCACAUGGAAAACCAGACUACGCUGUGCCCUUAAUAAAAGCAAUGACUUUGAUGAACUAGUAGAAAGAAGCCAGCUGGACAUCUCAGAGCCGUACAAAGUCUACCAAAUCAUUCCAGAGGGAGCCAAAAAAGGCAUGAAGAUGAGCAGUCUGGAGGAGACGGCAUCACAUGUAAAUGCUGUCAGCUACAUUCCUCCAUACACGCCACUGCACAACCAGGUUUCGACCUUUAUGGUUUCUCAGGAGAGAAGGGACUGGAGAGAUUAUCACGCACCACCAGAACAGCAGCCUCUUCCUACUACACAUCACCAUGGGCCACAUGCCGAGCUGCAGUAUGGUCAGUGCCACUACCCGUCACCAAUCAGUCGACCUUGGCCUGGCUCACACACAGAAAAUGGUUUUCAGCUGUCCUUCCACACCUACUUUUCAGAAUCUCAAUCGUCUGUGUAUGCCAUGGACCACAAUAAUGCCAUAACAGACUGCAGCCUGCACGUGUCUCUAUUCUACCGAGAGUCUCUGGUGAAGGAAGUUACCACCACCAGCCCAGAAGGUUGUCGGAUCACCUCUUCCUCCUCAUCCUCUCCAUCCUCUUCCUCCUCUUCUUCCCCGUGUCCAGAGGACAGGUUUCACAGUGGGGCAGAAGUCAUCCUUUUUCCUUUCCCAUACCCUGAGUCUCAGAGACAGGGUGCCGAGAUGCUUCCCAACAUACUGGAGAAGGGGGUGCUUCUGUGGAUGGCGUCUGACGGGCUGUAUGCUAAGCGCCUGUGCCAGGGACGAGUAUACUGGGAAGGACCUCUGGCUCCAUAUAUGGAUAAGCCCAACAAGCUGGAGAAGGAGCAGCCAUGCAAACUGUUUGACACCCAGCAGUUCCUUAUUGAGCUCCAAGAUUUUGCCCAUAGUGGUCGCCAUCUGCCAAGACACCAGGUGGUGCUGUGUUUUGGAGAUGAGUAUCCUGAUCCACAGCGCCCAAGGAAGAUGAUCACAGCACAGGUGGAGCCAGUGUUUGCCAGGAAACUGGUUUACUAUUACCAGCAGAACAAUGGUCUCUACCUACGGGCCUAUGAUCACAUCCAGGAACAGAACACCUCCCCAACAGUUGACUACCCUUCCCAGAGACCUCUACAGCACAUUCAGGAGUGACAAGCGUUCAAACACACAUGCAGGAGGGCAUGAAUGUGAAUGUGAAGCUCUGACCUUUUAGCAUGCCUUGUGACUGCGUUCCCAUUUACUGUACGGUUGAAACUGUCAUGGUAACUAAGGAGGGGUAGAUAUGGGGAAGACCCUGUCAUUUUCACUUGCACACCUAUGCGUCGUAAUCUUUGUGUCUGGGACUGUGAAGGUACAUUUUUUUUCUACAAAUAUUAUUGUGAGAGUGUGAAGGAUGCGGUUUGAGGGUGGGGGGGAUGAAGUGAGCGGAGGGCAAGAGAGACAGGAAGUACUAGCACAGGUGCACAGGAAGAAUGGCCCCUUAGACAAAACACAGACAUGUCGAAGGGACAAAACAGCAUGAAUGAAUAUUGAUUUUUCACAGGUAACAGUUGAUUAUGUGAUUAUUGCACUUACACUGUUAGAGAAAGUCAGUCAUCAACUCUUCCUUUUAAGACAGCUGUUUUUGUGGUUCAAAAACUUUAUCACCUGCAGUACUUUGUAUACAAAGUCAAUUUUUUUUGCAUAGAAGAGAAAGUAAACAGUGAACACUGUCAGUGCUUAGUCCACUUCCUUCUGACAUUCAUGACUGCACUGCAUAUGUAAACAGAAAAGGCAAAAGCCUGUGUUUAGCCUCGAUUGUACUGCAUUGUGGACCCUCAUACAGACAUCUGUGGACAUUGACAGACCCCAGUUGUUGUAAGCAGUCAUGUAAUGUUUUCUGGUUGCAUCAUAGUUAAUUUUGAGAGACUGGUUGCCUUGUUGCCUGCUUCUCAUUUGCAAAAAGUUGAGGUCUUAUGUUACUUUAUGUAAAUCAAGGGCAUCCAGCUGCCACUCGACACCUCUGGAAUCUCUUGAAAAACUUUUGAAAUACCGUAUUUUCUGGACUAUAAGCCGCUACUUUUUUCUCACGCUUUGGACCCUGCAGCUUAUAGAAUGAUGCGGCUAAUGUAGAGAUUUUUAUGUGUGAGCUUCAUGCCAUCAUUAAGUUUAGCCUCGUCACAUCAGACUAAUAAAAUUACCAACAGGUCACAGUGGACCAUUGCCACCGUUUGAAUUAAAUCAAACUCAUUAAAUUCUUCAGAUGAAUCAUUUUGCGCUUCAUGCACACACCCUCAACAUGGAAAACACGAAGAAAUGCAUAUGAUGCAGCUGUUGCAGGCCAAGCCUGCUCUCCUUUAACCUAGGCAGAUUACAGUGUAUGUGAGUGUGAGAGAGUAUGUGUGUGUGUGAGUGUGACAUGAGGAGGAGCGCUGCAGCUGUGUGUGUGUGUUGCAGACAUGAGUGUGGAAACGGAGGCAGAGCGAAAUGCACCACGAUGAUAUACAAUACAAUACAAUAAAAAACUUAAAGAUAAUUUUUAGCGCUAGCAUGCUACCCAAGGCUGCCCAACCACGGUUCGGCAGCCGGCAGAAUCGGGUCGGUAACACAGCUUUUAAGUUGAUGGCAAUUGAUCUGCCUGUCUAAGAAGAAAAUAGGGCUGCUGCCCGUUAGCUUGGCAUCAAUGAAUCAACGGUGAGACGUUGGAGUUGGCAGCGUGAACUGACUCAGUGUGUUUCACUGCCAUGUUACAGGCACUCUUCAGAAAAAGUAUGUAUUUAAUUACAAGUAAUAAAAAUCUUUCUGUGUAAAUAUCUCAUGUUACAACAUGGACACCGGUGGCUUAUAGUCAGGUGCGACUUAUAUAUGUAAAAAAAACUUUUUUCUUUUUAAAUUUAUUGGGUGCGGCUUAUGUUCAGGUGCCCUCAAUAGUCCGGAAAUUACGGUAGCUAUUGCUUAUCUCCAUGGCUUGCUACUCGCCUCAAAAGUGUUCAGAAACAUAUUUUGACGAAAUGAGAGAAAGUUUCCAAAUAAGUUGUCAUGUUGGUUCGGUUUGAAAUCCAGGAGCUGACAGCCCACAAAUGAAGCCUUCAUCAAAUCAGGUGGAGUCAGUGUUUGCAAGGUUGUUUGAUGGCGUAGCCUACAUCGGUUACUUUUGGAGAGUACCUGUUAAUCAUUGAUUGUGGUACUACCUAGUUGGAUGCCUGUCAAGCAUUCAAUGUUGGAAAGUCGCAUGACCUCUUUUAAGGUCUCUUGGAUGACCCUGAUACAAAUUAGGCCAUUGGUUAGGCAAGUUAUACAAUUUAGGCUGCACACAGAUGUCCAUAAAAAGGUUUGCCUGGACAGAUUUGCAGAGAUGAUGAAAUUAAGUCUCACAGACCCUUGCACACUGGUGGCAUCCACACUGUCUUUGCUUAAUGGAAGACGGGGUGCAGUCCAAAAUUUGUCUCUGUGCAGUGACUACGCUACAAGGACAGUGGUGUGCCUAUAAAGCAUACAAGUGUGGAACAGAGUCCUCCUGGUAGACUCCAAGCAGACUAAACAGUAGUAUCAUGACCACAACUUCACAUCCAUGGUUCCACAGCUGUUCAAGUGCAUGUUUGCAAGGGAGUAUACUCAAGGUUUUAUACUUUCUGCAUCUACCAUUUUGUCAAGGUCCUUAAAGGUCCACAUGAUGUAAAUGUAGUUAUUUGCCGUCUGGAGGAGUCUGCAUGAGCACCUCCUUGGAUAUUAGCCCAGAAUUUGUCAGAACUACGCUACAAGAGCAGUACAGUGAUUCCAUCUGAAUGUGCAUGUAUGGAAUUGAGUCUUCCAUGUGGAUAGGAAGGUAGUAUAACUUUGCAUCUAUGAUGUCUACAGCUGUCUAUAUGCUUGUCUGCAAGUGAAUAUAAUCAAGGUUUAAGGGGUCACCGGCUGAUUCUAGUGUCGUAAAACUUUUUUUUUUAAUUGAUAGUGUUUUCAGUGGUCUUUUUUGAAACUGUUGCCUCGUUCUUGUGAAAUCUUGUAUAGUUUUUCUACAUGCUCAGUUUAUGAAACAACCUGCUUUGAUCGGGGUUCACUGAAAAACAACAGUUUGCUCCAAACCAGAUAUAAAGUUUUUGAUAUGUGGUGUACUACAUAUUAUCAGAGAGCAGCAUGUAGUUCAACUCCUGUAUCACUGACUGUGAUGAUCAGACAUGACCUUAUUGGACUGAAGAAGGUUGACUGGAAAAACACACUCAUCCCGCAACUUGUAUGGAAACUGUACCUGUUCCUCUUGACCUGAAACUCGUGGCCUCACAAUUGGGAAGAAAAACUACCUUUGUGGUCUGUGUGCAGGUUCUGACAGGGAGGAGUCCUCAGGUUCCCAUGGCUGGCCUACUAAUCAGGCUCACACUGGAUGCAAUGUCCACUUAAAGCAAAGCCAUGAGUCUCACACAAUGACACGCUAUGAAUUUUGUGCGCAUUACGUGACAGAACAACAAAAUGACUAUAUUGGAAUUUCUCAUGCUGUUGAAGUCCUAAAUGUUAAUGCUAAAGUAGGAGGGAUAAGGGUUUUGUUAUAUUUUUCUUCUGUGGUCCAAAGUUUCGAUCUCUGCAUUUACUUCCUUCACACUUAAACCACAUCACUUUCACAAUGGCUUGAAAAAUCUGACCAAAAUCACAGACGGGAAUGUUUUUCUUUUUCAUGAACCAUAAAUCCUCUUUCCCCUCAAACGUGUAGUCAGCCCCCUGAUUCUCUGCAGAGUGAAAUUUCGUUUCACAUUACUUCACAGUCAGACAUUUGACUCACUCACUAUCAAUCUCUUUAAUGUACAACUUACUGGUGUGUUAAACACUGUGUAUGUAAGUGUGUGCGCAGUAAAGGUCCAUGUGUGUGCAUGCAUGUGGGUGGAUGCAUGUGUGUCACACAGUUAUGGUAUUACUGUUAUCGGGAAUUGACAUUUAUGGACUCAGGAUAAAACAUUUGACUCCCCCACCUACAACAUCAGUGACUCAAACACAGACACCACACCGAUUUCACAUCACAGUUUACAGUUACAGUAAAACAUUCAGAGAAAACUACUGUAUGGAGGAAACAAAAUUUGUAAUACACAUUUUCUGAGAAACAAUUACAAGCACCAGACAUAAACAUGAAGAUUUUUUUUCUAAUAUAAAACUGCUGUUUGAGCAGAUUUGCUUUGAAAUAAACUCAUCUGAAACCA